AUAGAAUGCCGGCUGGUCAGGAACGCGAUUUCAUCUAUUUGGACUCGGGUAUUUUUGAGUGAACUCCAAAUCCUGGCUAUACUCAUCUUCGUGCCGAUAGUGAGUUCUCAGUUCCUUCCAGGUUCUCCAAAGACCUUGACCAUAUUUAUCUCUGCGCCAGAUAUCUGCCAUUAUGCAUGAAAUUAUCACAUUACAAUUGGGCCAGCGAGCUAACUACUUGGCUACGCAUUUCUGGAAUUUGCAGGAAUCGUAUUUCACCUACAAUGAAAGUGAAGAGCCUCUAGUUGACCACGAUGUCCACUUUCGCCCCGGUCUUGGGGCAGAUGGCUCAGAGACCUUUACUCCACGAACCUUGAUUUACGAUCUCAAGGGUUCGUUUGGCACCCUUCGGAAAUAUAAUGCCCUUUACGAGCUCAGUGAGGAACUCAAUGGCAUACAAGGCUUGUGGGAUGGUAAAGAAAUAAUACAGCAACAAGCAGCCAUUCCUCAAAGCGCCUAUCAAAAUAGCUUAGAUCAAGGCCUUCCAGCUCCUACUCUUACAACAGAAACCGUUCGCUACUGGUCGGAUUUCAACCGAGUCUUCUACCAUCCAAGGUCCAUCGUUCAGCUGAAUGAUUAUGAGUUGAACUCUACAACAAUGCCUUUCGAGGACUGGGCUGUUGGUGAGGAGCUGUUCAAGGAUCUCGAUAAAGAGCACGAUCUUCUCGACAGAGAUUUGAGGCCUUUUGCUGAAGAAUGCGAUCAAAUUCGGGCCCUUCAACUUUAUACCAGCUCAGAUGAUGCAUGGGGUGGGUUUUCUGCACGAUAUGUUGAUAGGCUUCGCGACGAAUUUGGCAAAAAGAGUAUAUGGGUGUGGGCUAUUGAAAGUGGCGCGAAGGUGCAGCGAUCAAAACAAUUAAAACAAGAAAUGAACCGUGCUCGAUCCGUACAUUCAAUAUCGCCACAGUCUUCUCUUUACGUACCCAUCAUAGAUCCACCCACGAGACUACCGAAUUACGUGAAUAUCGACCCCCAUUCAGAAUGGCAUACUUCGGCACUGAUCUGCUCUGCGAUUGAAUCAAUUACCCUCCCCUCUCGUUUACGUCAGUAUUAUGAUAUCGAAUCUUCCUUGGCCGGUGACGAUGACAUGCGGAGGAUUUUUGAACUACAGUCUAGUAUCAUUCAAGACGGUAGUGGGAAGGGAACAGGAGUCUCCACAGACAGGACCCGAGAUGAAAGUAUCAGCGUGGAAAAGCGCGGUACUCUUAGAAAGGCCGAGUCUCAGUUUGAUAUUGAUUUUACGUACGACAACUUUAAAGGCAAGGAAAUACAUGUCUUUAAUCAGAUAGAAGUCACUCGUGGAAUCUCGGGGAAAGACAGAGAUGAAUCAAAUUGCAAUGAAGACCAAGGAUUUGCUCGCAAACAACGAUUCUACGACUCAGAGCCAGCUUUACAAAGAUUCAACGUGCCCCUCCCAUUCCCAAUUCUCGACAGCUUCCCAGGCCACAUACUGCCGACAUCCCAUCCUGAAGCAGGAGUACAGAUUCUUUCGGCUCUGACCACGUCCUCGCGCACAGCGGAAAGAAUUAGAGCCAUGCAGGUGGCCGCCGGACGCAUCAUAGAGCUCGAUGAAAGGGAGACAAUCUACAAUGGCCUCGGAGAAAUACGCGAAUAUUACGAGUCGGGUUGGAUGAGUGGCUCAGACUCCGACGACGAGUGAGAGGAAAGAAGAUCUGAAGGACUGACCAAGGUCCUUCCACUAACCUUGCAACUCUCGGAUCGGCCAUCGCUAAAUAUUUCACGUUCCGCCAUGGGAGCGAUACCGGGCGUAUCACCCCUUGGUUUAAGAACGAAUAAUUACAGCAUAUUGCAAUAAAUAAAUAACUCGUCUCUUCGUAUCGGCGAUCCACU